AUGAGUGAGAGUGAAUCCACUUCAACUAAAGCUAAAGCUAGUAAGGAAGCAAAUGAAGAGAAAGAAGAUAAAAAGAAAAUUGAAGAGAAAUAUGUUCCUCCUGCACCAUACAAGCGACCAUUGCCCUUUCCUCAGAGGUUUCAGAAAGCACAAUUAGAUAAGCAUUUUGGGAAAUUCCUUAAAGUUUUGAAGAAGUUGGAGAUUUUAUCAAAUAAAAGAAGGUUGGAAGAUUAUGAAACUGUUGCACUUACUGAGGAGUGCAGUUCUAUAUUGCAGAACAAGCUCCCACCUAAGCUGAAAGAUCCUGGAAGUUUUUCCAUACCAUGUCACAUUAGAGAAACAAGUAUUGAGAGAGCAUUAUGUGACUUGGGGGCUAGUGUUAGCUUGAUGCCACUUUCCAUAUGUGAGAAGUUAAAGGUUGGAGAUCUAAAGCCCACAACUAUUUCUUUGCAGUUAGCUGACAGAUCUAUAAAGUAUCCAGUUGGGAUUUAG